GAGGCCAGACACAGAGGAAAAAGAUAAUAUGAGUAUUAUUUCGAAAGAGGAAGAAUUCUCGGAUAUAGAAAUAAAACAAUUCAGCAAAAAUAGGACAUUCCACAAGAAACAUACAAACAGAAAGCAUGACA